ACUGAUAUGCCAUUUUCCCAAGACCUAGCUUAGACCCUGGGGACGUAACAGACAUGUGCUUUCGUGCUUUACACUGUUAAAAAUUACGUUUGGAGUUAAAAAAAUAAACGUAGUCUGAUCUGACACCUCAUCAACGUGACAUUUUCAUUAUUUAAAGAAAAUACGUAACAAUGGGAUUAUACAAUUUCAAGAAAAUAGCGGUUGUCCCCACCGCGAAGGAAUUUAUCGAUAUAAUCUUGUCAAAGACCCAACGUAAAACUCCAACUGUUAUUCACAAGAAUUACAAAAUCACGAGGAUACGUGCUUUCUACUUGCGUAAAGUGAAAUACACACAGCAAAAUUUCCAUGAUAGAUUAUCACGAAUAAUACAAGAGUUUCCCAAGUUGAAUGACAUUCAUCCAUUUUAUGCCGAUCUAAUGAACGUUUUGUACGAUAAAGAUCAUUACAAAUUAGCUCUUGGUCAGAUAAAUAUAGCACGACAUUUAAUAGACAACGUAGCAAAAGAUUAUGUACGAUUGAUGAAAUAUGGAGACUCCUUGUAUCGGUGCAAGCAACUGAAAAAGGCUGCUCUGGGUCGUAUGGCCACAAUUAUGAAAAGGCAGGUUGCAAAUCUUGCAUAUUUGGAGCAGGUUCGCCAACAUUUGGCUCGUUUGCCUAGCAUAGAUCCUUACACACGUACCAUUAUAAUAUGCGGUUUUCCGAACGUUGGUAAAAGCAGCUUCAUGAAUAAGAUUACUCGUGCGGAUGUUGAAGUUCAACCAUAUGCGUUUACAACAAAGUCAUUGUAUGUUGGUCACAUGGAUUAUAAAUAUUUAAGAUGGCAAGUAGUCGACACACCCGGAAUUUUAGAUCAUCCUCUGGAAGAGAGAAAUGUCAUAGAAAUGCAGGCGAUAACAGCGCUCGCGCAUUUACGAGCGGCUGUACUUUAUUUUUGCGACGUGUCCGAGCAAUGUGGCCAUAAUCUGGAAGAACAAGUAAAAUUAUUUGAGUCCAUCAAACCUCUGUUUAUCAAUAAACCUUUAACGGUUGUGGCAAACAAGGUAGACGUGUUACGCGUAGAGGAACUUUCUCCCGAAAAACAAAAAAUUUUAAAGUCAUUGGAGGAGAAAGAUAUCCCUGUAUUAGAAAUGAGUACGAUCACAGAUUUCGGAGUAAUGGACGUUAAAAUACAGGCGUGCGAACGUCUGUUGAGUUUCCGUGUUGAUCAGAAGUUACGAACGAAGAAGGUAGAAGGACUGCUUAAUCGUUUACACGUUGCACAACCAGUGCCGAGGGACGAGAAAAUUCGUACACCGUGUAUACCGGAAAGUGUUUUGAAGAAGAGACUCGCUGCGGAAGAACAGGCAAAGAGAAAACGGAAACUGGAGCGUGAAAUAGAGGAAGAAAUGGGAGACGAUUACGUGCUUGAUUUGAAGAAGAAUUAUGACAUUGAGGGGGAUCAAAAAUAUGACAUCAUUCCAGAAAUUUGGGAGGGACAUAAUAUCGCUGAUUAUAUCGAUGUAGAUAUAUUUGAGAAAUUGAAUCAACUCGAGAGAGAAGAAAUGCUUCGAGAGGAGGCUGGCAUGUACGAUUACAAAGUACCCGAAUUAUCCGACACGAUGCGGGAGAUCGUGCAAUUAGCGAAACAGAUUCGGGAAAAGAAAGCAAUCAUGAAGGACGAAGCACGGGUUCAAAAGGCUUCUACGAAACCUGUGAUGCCCCGUACAGCUACGGCUAAGGUGCGGGAUAGGUCAGUGUCGAAACUGAAGAAACAAAUGGAAGAUCUUGGUAUCGAUAUGGAAGAAACCGUAAACGCACACUUCACCAAAACGAAAGGACGUUCGAGAUCGUUGUCGCAGCCUGCUAGGAAACGUAUGCGUAUGGAAUCCGUGUCUCAAUCGAGAGCUCGAAGUAGUUCAAGACCAGCUCGCGACGAUAUGGGUAUUAAAGAUGGCGUAAUGAAAACCAAAUUGAAGAACAUAGCGCACAAGGCUUUGAAGAAGAAGAUCGCGAGGAAGGGCAUGAAAGGAGAAGCGGAUCGGUUCAUCGGUACAAAAAUGCCGAAACACUUGUUCUCGGGAAAGAGGGGCGUCGGCAAAACGGACAGAAGAUAAUGGAUAUUUAUACGUUGUCACUUUGUCGAAGAUUUACAUCGAGUUCUCAUCAAGAUUCGUUUCUCGCCUGUCACGCGAAUAAAUUGAAGUUUCCUAUAAAUCGUUUUACCUCACAGUUAAAAAACACGAUUAGGUC